AUGAAGACCCUCACCUACGUCUCUAUCCUGCUUGCCGGCAUGAGCUUUGCCUCAGCUGCCGCUGCACCGGCCCAGGACAUUGAUGGACUUGUUGCAAGAGCCAACCACAAGGGCACUUGCAACAAGGAAAACCAGGUUUGCAACUACAAAGUCAAUGGCGACAGUCGUCAGUGCAACUGCGGUGCGCCUACUGGGGGCCUUUGCAAGAAGACCGGAAACGAGUGCCACUGGAACACGAAUGCGAACCCCAACAGGUGCAACUGCUCUUAG